CACCAAUUGAGCACAUCCAACUACCUAGAAAUGGCUUCCAAAUCCUUCUCUUCUUUCUUCUUCAUCUUUUUCUUUGCAGCCGCAAUGUUCGCCUCCUUCCCAAGUUCAAAUGCACAGCUCUCUGCUGGUUUUUACGACUCCUCCUGCCCACUUGCGCCCCUCACGAUCCAGACGGUUAUUACAGCAGCAGUGCUGUUAAACCCCAGAAUUGGUGCCGGUUUAGUCCGCUUGCACUUCCAUGACUGCUUUGUCAAUGGAUGCGACGCAUCGGUGCUUUUGGACGAUUCCCCAACUUUAAUGAGCGAGAAGACUGCAGUUCCAAAUAACAACUCAUUGUUGGGAUUCGAGGUCGUAGACACCAUUAAAACUGCACUGGAGCUUCUGUGCCCUGGAACGGUUUCUUGUGCUGACAUUCUUGCAAUUGCUGCACGCGACUCCGUGGUGGCGCUGGGCGGUCCGACAUGGACGGUGUUGCUAGGAAGGAGAGACUCACUCAUAGCGAACCAAAGCGGUGCCAAUUCAGACCUUCCUCCACCCUUUCUCAACUUGAACCAGCUCAUAACAUUCUUUGGCAACAAAGGCCUGAGUGCUCAAGAUAUGAUCGCCCUUUCAGGGGCUCAUACGUUCGGGAAAGCGAGGUGCGUGAAUUUCCGCGCCCACUUGAAUGAGAGCAACAUUGAUCCAAACUUCGCUGCGACGCUGACGCCUAUUUGCAGCAGUUCUACUGCCGACGACAAUAAUCUGGCGGACCUGGAUGUUUCGACGCCUACAACUUUCGAUAACGCGUAUUAUACGAACCUCCUGAACAGGCAGGGCCUCCUUCACUCUGAUCAAGAGCUCUUCAAUGGAGGCUCUGCCGAUGCACUGGUGAGGACCUACAGCGCGAACUCCGACACUUUCUUCUCCGACUUCGCCGCUGCCAUGGUCAGGAUGGGCAACAUCAGCCCCCUCACCGGAGCCAAUGGCCAGAUAAGACUGAACUGCCGAACGGUCAACUAAAUUUGAGAUUUGAGGCUCGAUUUCCGUGCUUCUCCGAGCGGAUCACUUGCUUGGUUUGCUUAGAUUUUGCCUUGAUGGGAUUCAGAAACAAGUUCUGCUAUAACUUACCUUAAUGCACAUUGUAUUUGAGCGUGAUUUCUUUGUUGAAUAAACAGGUGCAUUUGUCAAAUUUUCAUCUUUAUAUAAUGGCACGUAACAUUUUAUUUUUAA